GGGAGUUUUCCCGCUCGACUUCCCGUCUGCCAUGGCCUGCUGUCCUGGGGAGGGAUCCGUCCGGUGCCGAGCCGUGCGGGCGGUGAGUGCCGGAGCUCGCCGGCGGCUGCUGGGGGCCGGAGCCGAGCCGAGCCCCCCGCGCCCCUCCCGGCUCUUUCUGGCCUUGCUCUGCUCCCGCCUUCCCCGUCCGCCCGCACCCUCCGCGAUGGGGGAGCGCUGCCGGGGGCGCUUCCUGCUCGGCUUUCGGGUGCUUUGCUCGGGGUCGCAGUGCCGGGAGAGUGAGCUGGUGGAAAAAUAAGAAGCAAAAUGAAACCUUUCCAAAGGGUCUGUCGUUUCAAGAGCCUGCUUGCCAAUUGCUGCUGUCACGGUCAGCUUCACAGCUGUCUUCUUCCUCCUGCUGCAAAGAAGAUAGGUUAUGCAGUGGGACUGCACAGCGGUGGAUUUUGGAAGCCAAAAUCUUUAUUGGACACAGCUAGAUUCACUCUGUCUUUUAACAAUCGGCAUAGGAAAAACCAUCAGGAUUCUCGAGCGUUGUGGAAGCAUGAAGCUGUGCAGAAGUAUCUGGAGACUCUAAGCAAGGAAUACCAGCAGGUUAGUCAUCUGUUAAAUGCUGACUCAAUAAAUGACUUUGAGCAAAGAGCCCUGAGGAGAAGAUGUGCCGAUCUGUCCCCCAUUGCAGCUGCAUUUCAGGAAAUCAGAGAGGCUGAGAAAGAAGUUCAGGAGUUAGAAGCUAUGUGCAGAGAGCUAGAUAGCAGAGAUGAGAAACAACUUCUAGAGCUUGCCUUAGAAGAGAAGGAGACCCUGGAUAAAAAAAUCAACAUGUUGUGCAGAAAGCUUUUCCAGCUUCUAGUGCCAAAGGAAAAAUAUGAUAAAAGUCAUGUCAUACUAGAAGUGACAGCUGGCAGAACAACUGGAGGAGACAUCUGCCAACAGUUCACUAAAGAAAUGUUUGAGAUGUACCAGAACUAUGCAGACUAUAAAUGCUGGACCUUUGACAUUGUGAACUAUGCGCCGGCUGAGAUAGGUGGGUUGCAUCAUGCUGCUGCUCAUAUUUCGGGAGAUGAUGUCUAUAGGCAUCUGAAAUAUGAAGGAGGGACUCAUCGAGUCCAGCGAAUCCCCGAGACGGGCCUGUCAUCACGAAUGCAGCGUAUUCACACUGGGACAAUGUCAGUUAUUGUCCUCCCUCAACCAGAGGAGGUUGAUGUUAAAGUGGAUCCCAAAGAUUUGCGUAUAGACACAUUCAGAGCCAAAGGAGCAGGAGGGCAACAUGUUAACAAAACUGACAGUGCUGUGAGAAUUGUGCACCUUCCCACGGGACUAGCAGUUGAGUGCCAGCAGGAGCGAUCCCAGCUGUUGAACAAGGAAAUAGCUCUGCGGACACUGAGGGCUAAGCUGUACCAGCAGAUCAUUGAAAAACAGCUCAGUCGGGAGCAGAGUUCCAGAAAACUGCAGUUGGGAACAAGAGCCCAGUCGGAGAGAAUUCGUACUUACAACUUCACCCAGGACAGAGUCACUGACCACAGGAUCUCGUAUGAUGCACGCAAUAUCAAGGAAAUUCUAAAUGGGAAAGAAGCACUGGAUAAGCUCAUCAACAGACUGCUGGAGUUUGCGGAGAUGGAGGCUGUCACCGAGUAUCUAGAAAGUUUGCAGGCUGUGGAAGGAGGAGGCUGCUGAAGGCCUUGCGUGGAAGUGAAGCAGAAAUGUUGUGUUCAGUAGUAAAAUGCUGAGUUUGUUAAAUGAUAGUUUGAUUAAAAUCUAUGCCUCUGUUUUUCA